AGCGGAGGAAGUUCCUGCAGAUGAAGCGCAGGAAAUACGGCUUCAUCUACAAGACGCAUCUGUUCGGGCGGCCCACCGUGCGGGUGAUGGGCGCGGACAAUGUGCGGCGCAUCUUGCUCGGAGAGCACCGGCUGGUGUCGGUCCACUGGCCAGUGUCGGUGCGCACCAUUCUGGGAUCUGGCUGCCUCUCUAACCUGCACGACUCCUCGCACAAGCAGCGCAAGAAGGUGAUUAUGCGGGCCUUCAGCCGCGAGGCACUCGAGUGCUACGUGCCGGUGAUCACCGAGGAAGUGGGCAGCAGCCUGGAGCAGUGGCUGAGCUGCGGCGAGCGCGGCCUCCUGGUCUACCCCGAGGUGAAGCGCCUCAUGUUCCGAAUAGCCAUGCGCAUCCUACUGGGCUGCGAACCCCAACUGGCCGGCGACGGGGACGCCGAGCAGCAGCUUGUGGAGGCCUUCGAGGAAAUGACCCGCAAUCUCUUCUCACUGCCCAUCGACGUGCCCUUCAGCGGGCUGUACCGGGGCAUGAAGGCACGGAACCUCAUUCACGCGCGCAUCGAGCAGAACAUUCGCGCCAAGAUCUGUGGGCUGCGGGCAUCCGAGGCGGGCAGGGGCUGCAAAGACGCGCUGCAGCUGUUGAUCGAGCACUCGUGGGAGAGGGGAGAGCGGCUGGACAUGCAGGCACUAAAGCAAUCUUCAACCGAACUCCUCUUCGGAGGACACGAAACCACGGCCAGUGCAGCCACAUCUCUGAUCACUUACCUGGGGCUCUACCCACAUGUUCUCCAGAAAGUGCGAGAAGAGCUCAAGAGUAAGGGUUUACUUUGCAAGAGCAAUCAAGACAACAAGUUGGACAUGGAAAUUUUGGAACAACUUAAAUACAUCGGGUGUGUUAUUAAGGAGACCCUUCGACUGAAUCCCCCAGUUCCAGGAGGGUUUCGGGUUGCUCUGAAGACUUUUGAGUUAAAUGGAUACCAGAUUCCCAAGGGCUGGAAUGUUAUCUACAGUAUCUGUGAUACUCAUGAUGUGGCAGAGAUCUUCACCAACAAGGAAGAAUUUAAUCCUGACCGAUUCAUGCUGCCUCACCCAGAGGAUGCAUCCAGGUUCAGCUUCAUUCCAUUUGGAGGAGGCCUUAGGAGCUGUGUUGGCAAAGAAUUUGCAAAAAUUCUUCUCAAAAUAUUUACAGUGGAGCUGGCCAGGCAUUGUGACUGGCAGCUUCUAAAUGGACCUCCUACAAUGAAAACCAGUCCCACCGUGUAUCCUGUGGACAAUCUCCCUGCAAGAUUCACCCAUUUCCAUGGGGAAAUCUGAUGAGCUUGAAUGCUCAAACCUCAGACUUAUUUCAAGUGUACAUAUGAGUUUUUAAGGAGUGUUGUGUUGACUUUGUAUUUAAUUUCUAAAUGUAUAUUAUAAUAUUUAUGUGUUUUGACUAUAUUACCACAAUCUUUAAAUAUUAAAAUAAUGAAUUUGUAUUAUUUCCAAAUAAAGUAAAAUUUGAAGGUA